CUCUCUCUCUCUUUGCCUCUGUCGGAGUGAGUGAGAUCACAGGAAGUGGUCAGACUUUAAGACAUACCGCUGCUCUGUCACUCUGUCAGUCAUUAGAAAGACAAGAUGGAGCUCAGUCCACUACCUGUGAUACUCUUGCUGAUUUCAGUUCUACUAGUGGCCCAGGCUCAAGGGACUCAUAAAGCUGUGGUGUCCAUAAAGCCUGAUAGACAUGUGUUCAUUGGAGAGACUGUUAAUCUCAGGUGUGAGGUACAGGUUAAUGCUUCUCAAUUGACAUACAGCUGGUAUAAAAAUACAAAGAGUUUCACAGGUGAUGGAAUUGACGUCGCCAUAGACAGUUUAAUGCCAAAUGUUAUAAUUUGGUCUGUUAAACACUCUGAGAGUGGGAAUUACACCUGCAGGGGAAAGAGAAAAGACUCUCAGAGCUCAGAGAUCAGUAAUGCUGUUACAUUGAUUGUAUCAGGAAAACCAAAACCAACUGUGAGAGUGAAUCCUCAGAGCUUUUUUUACACUGGAGACACCGUCACUCUGAUCUGUGAGCUGCAGCAGGGGACUGGAUGGGAGUUUCAGUGGUACAAAAAACCUGAGAAUUUACAGCAUCAGAACACUGAACAUCCAAACAUACUUAAAGUGACAGCAGAAAAUGCAGGAGAAACAGUGUACCAAUGUCGCGCACACAGGAUAAAUUACAAGUCAAAAUAUUAUCCCACUGAUCUCAGUGAUCCUGUGAGCAUUACAGCAAAAGAGAGACCACAGGCAGUACUGAGUGUAUCUCCACAGAACUGGCUGACUGAAGGAGACUCAGUGACUCUAAGCUGUGAGGUUACAGACUCCUCUACAGACUGGACAUUCAGCUGGUACACAGUUGUUCCCUACAGAGACGGUGUAACUCAAAUAAAAAAUACUGACUAUGUCAUGUAUGUGGAGCUUCUCUCAAACAACAGCAGAGGAUCUGGAGGCUUCUACACUCUGAGUCCUUCUGCUCUUCAUCACACAGGAGUUUAUGUGUGUAGAGGAGAGAGAGGAGAACCAGUCAGUCACACACUGUACAGCAAUCCACAGCCUCUAUGGAUCUCUGGUGAAUCUCCUCCAGUGUCUCUGAUCAUCAGUCCCAGCAGAACUCAACACUUUACU